AUGUCUGUUGCUGAGGGUUUUCUUUCUCAUGGGGAGCCAUGCACGCGGGCAGACGCGUUGGGAAAUUGGCUGACGGAGCGAUACUCACGAUGGGAGUUUUUGGUUGUGUUUCAGCGUCAGUGGUCCCGUGAUCGGCGAGCCAACCGGCUGUACGCGCCGGUAUUCCACAUGCUUUUCGCGUCGCCCUUUUCUGAUGCGGGGAGGGAAAUGCUUGGCGCGGCGGACGUUGCUCCAUGGCAACUGAUUUUUUAUGAUUUGUCGCGGACCUGCAGGGAUGUGUUGUGGGGGACGAAGGGGACGGAUCUCAUUUCGGACGUCUUGCGGGCUGUGCCGCCGGCCCUCCAACCUUCCUUCUUCUCCGUGGUGUGCGUGACUGUGGGCGACACACACGAUCGUCUUGGUCUCUUUUCCGAGCAGGCCUUUAGGCACUACAAGGAGAGAGUCGAGCGGCUGCAGCGUCCACAGGAGACUCCGGAGGUGUCAGUGAAACUUCAUCGCGCGAUGCCCCGUGGCCGAAUGACGAAGGGGUGGGACGAUGGUCAUCUACCGGUGUUUGUCGAGGAUGCUAUAAAGUGGGCGUGCCGCAGAACAUCAGAGGCAGCAGACGUGUCGGCCCCGUCCCAAGAAGGCAACGACGCCAUUCUUGCCAUACUCCCACGGUUAAACAAACUGCUGUACAAAAAUACUUUCCAUAUGGCUGAGGAUCACAAUUUUACCGAUGCAGUGAGCAGUAUGGGGGAAGGAGAAAAUCGAUCGUUGACCGACAGACGUUUGGAAGAACGUCGUGUAUUUCUCCAGAACUUGAGGAGGCGUGUGGGGAACGUUGCCUCCUUCACACUGGCGUCACAAACAUCUUCUGAAGAAGCGGGGCAACGGUGGCAUGUUCUCAUCAUUCAAAAACUCUUUGUAGAAAAGGAAGAGGUGUCUAUUGAAAACCUUGAUCCUGGCCCACUGGAGCCACAGCCUGUCGGCGCGGAGUUGCACCUGAUGCAGGACGGCGGCGAGGUGUUGUAUCUUCAGUCUCAACUAUGCAGCGAGAAUUCCUUUGAGACGGUGUACGGGGACAUGAUGCAUGAGGACGGCGAACUCUUUGCGCAGCUGACACCACUGGAAGGUAUUGCCUUUGACGACAUUGACCGUUACUUGGACUUUAUUUUGACACAACCGCAGCCAUUUGGUAUGGAAACACCAACAGAGCCACUGUGUAAGGGAUCGUGUAGUGGCUAUACAUUCCCAAAGGUUGUGUUCCGUCGACCGACAGGGUCUGUUGUGAAGGAUAAUUUAAUCGCAUCUCCGCAUGUGGAGAUUCUUGAGGAGUCACCACGUUCACCGGAGGAAUGGGAUGCAGCGAGGCGCGUCUUUCUUUUCCUCUCCGAUCAUAUUGCCCCUGUAAGUUUUGCUCCUGAUAAUGGUCACAGUGAUGGGCGCGGUGGUUAUACUCUUACUAAAGAUGUGGCGCCGGUGCCACCUCCAACGCACAACUACAAAUGUACAUGGUGUGGUCGCCGCAGGGACAAACUGCUGCGCUGUGGCGGAUGCAAGGUGGACAUGUAUUGCUGCAGGAAACAUCAAAUGAUGGAUUGGAAGGGUGGGCACAAGAAGUACUGCGGAAUUUGGCGGAAGGCCAGAGAGGAAUAUGAAAAACUUAUCGUACCGCUCUUGCAUUCUUGCCCAAUGGAGCGUCCUGAAACACGGUCCGCGUCAGCCGUCGUCACACUUCUGCAGUUUCUCAUGGCUUCUUGGUGUGAGCUGCAGAGGUCAGAAGUUUCGGUAGUUCACAUUGUUGGCAUUGAUGAUGACAUGACAGGGUUUCUCUCAGAGCUUUCGCAGCGCGCGAAAAACUUUUCCAUGCACUGGAAACAGUUGCGUCUUCUCCUGAGCUCUGAUACCUUUGGGGAUGAAGAACAUAAUGCCGUGUAUGCCAUUAAUGAGGGCGGUGAACUGACGAAAACAGCACCCACAUCCGCUCUUGGUGACGUGUGGCAUACACAGUCUGGAAAAGACGAGGGGGCUCCAGAGGCCGUUAUGCUUGUGCGUCUGUACAACGCAAAGUACCACAUUUUUAUUGGCCAAGACACUGAAAUUAGUGGAGGUGCACCGUCGGCGGUGGCGUCCUUCGGGAAUCCAUCAGGGGCCGGGAUGACAUAUCUCACUGCAGUCGCUGAGGUUCUUGCGGAUCGCUUUAUUGGCGUUGUUCCUGUGAUAUGCACAGAACCAACACUUUUCGGCGCACACCACACGCUUGACGCCAUACUGGAGCGGGUGAGAAGCAGCAACAAGAUGAACGCAGACCGGAAGGGGAGGGUUAUUGAACGCCUUUUACACGCAGACGAAUUCAUUCGGAUAAAUGUGCAAGGGAUGGGGUAUGAGCCUCUGGACUCGCAUCUGGGGGGAGAAGGAGGAGGAGUAGGAGGGACAACCCAGACGAAUGCUGCGGAGUUUGCCACGAAACUCGCCCCACUGCGGCUGCACCCCAAUCUUUACUAUUUUAUCAUUCCAGCAGAAACAGCAGAGCCGUAG